AGUGGAUUGUUUAUUACUUUUGGUUCAAAGGUUGCCAGCUACCUAUGGUCUAGUUUGCCUUGAGCUCUCUGUACCCCAAAAGUACGUAAAAAAGUUCCUACUCAGAUUUUAAAUUUCCAAAUUCGUAAUGACGACUACCGAGACUGAAGACGUGGACACCUUCCUCGACUGCCUGAGUGAUGAUGAGGAGGUGGAGAAGAAGGAAGUGGCGUCACCCGAGUUGACAGUGGGCCAUGGCGAUGAGGUGGUCUGCAAGCAGGCUCGGCGUUACGAUGAUCCCGUGGAGAUUCGCGCCGUUCUGGAACGAGCUGCCAUAGCCACCCAACGGAUGCUGCGGUGCUAUGGCGGCACCGAUGGCGGACCCACACUUCCGUCCAGGUCACGCUUCUAUCCGGCGACUCUGGAGGUGAGCGCCCGCCUGCACACGGACGACAAGUGUCCCUGUCCCAAGGACAGGCAGUGCAAGCUGCGCGGUGAUCCGGUGACCCUCAAUCUACCCAUCGAACUGAAUCCGGAAAGCGGUCAAGUGAGAGUGAACAUAUUCCAGCCAAAGGCAAUGGGCACCAUUUGCGGCUGCGAUGAGUCCGGUGAUAGGACCAAAACCAAGAAGAGGGCAUCCAAUCGAAGUGUGCGAUGGUGCAGCCAGGAACUGCUCUGUCCCGGAUGCCAGGAACGUACCUGUUCCUGUGACCGCUUUCCAAAAAAGUCCUCUUAGUGAUUUCUUUCCUUGCUUAAUUAUUUGUAACCAAAAUUAGCAGUGUAAAUUCAUUGGAUUUUGUGUUUUA